CAUAAAGUAGAUGGUUAUAAUUGUGAAUAUUGUACGAAAAGUUUUACUUCAUUAAAUAUGUUGAGAAAACAUAAAAGUAACAGACAUUUGACGAAUUGUGAUAUAUGUCAUUUAAAACUACCCACAGCUAUACUAAAAAAGAAACAUAUGGAUGUAGAACAUCCCGAUAAUGGUUCCUUAAAAUGUGACAAUUGUUCAAAAGAAUUUCACACGAAACAAGGACUAAAAAUGCAUAAAAGAAAAUGUAAGGUAGUCGAAGAAUUUUUCGAUAUUAAUGUAAAAAAUGAAAACGAAUCAAUUAUUUUCGAUGAAAGUUACGAUGAUCCAAAAAGACCAAGUGUCAAACAGAUCAGAGAAAAUAUAGUAACAAUUUUAAACAUGUCUACAGCUGUACCUUUUAAUUUCUUUAAAAAUAAAUUCAAUUGCUUCUAUUGUUCCAAAGAUUUCCCCGAUUCUGAUACGAUGCGUGAACAUACUAUAUUAGAACAUCCUGUAUGUGAUGUUACACAGAAAUGUAUAAAAAAAUGUAGAGAAUCUGUAGCUUGCGUUAAAAUAGACAUAUCAACACUUUCAUGUAAAAUAUGUUUUAUAUCUAUUCAGGAAUUAGAUACACUAAUAGAACAUUUAAUAACUACCCACAAUGCUAAUUACGAUAAAUCUAUAACUACCUGCUUACAACCUUAUAAGUUAAUAAAGGAUAAUAUAGCAUGUCCUAUUUGUCCAAAUGAAGUAUUCAGAUUCUUUGGAACUUUAUUAAAACAUAUGAAUAAAAAACAUACAAAUAAUAAUAUAAUAUGCGUUUAUUGCGGUCAAACAUUUAGACGUGAUCAAAAUUUGAGAGUACAUAUUUGGCGACAUCAUAGAGACGGUAGGUUUAAAUGUGACAUUUGUGAUGCUGAUUGUAACAUACCAUCGCGUUUGUAUCAACACAUGGCUAAAGAACACGGUGUUAAAGCGGCAAAAUGUCCCAAAUGUCCGGAAUCUUUUGAGACGCAAUAUUUGAGACAGAAACAUUUAAUUGAGGCACAUAAUUCAGGGCAUAAGUGCAUUUAUUGCAGUAAACUUUUUACUAGAAACUCUUUUAUGAGAGAUCAUGUUAGACGGACACAUUUGAAAGAGAAGAACGUUGAAUGCUCCAUAUGUACUAUGAAGUUUUUUAAUUAUAUAUUAUUAAGGCGACAUAUGAUAAAACAUAGCGGUGAAAAGAAUUUUAACUGUGAUGUGUGCGGUGAACGUUUUUAUUGGAGGAAAAGUUUACUUAACCAUAUGUUGAGGCACAAAAAAAAUUCCACAAUACAAAUUUAAAUGUAAAAUUGUACCAAAUAUACUACAGUUAUUUCAUAGAAUUAGGGAACACUUAUUUGAUUGAAUUAUUCAAACAUUCGUGAGA